AUGACGGGCCAAGACAAUAGAGAUAUUGGGACUCAUGUGAACUCCACAACUUUUAGAUUGAGGGAUUUUGUUAGAAUGAACCCUCCCAAGUUUCUUGUUUCCAAAGUGCGUGAGGAUCCUCAAGAAUUUAUGGAUGAGGUUUAUAAGAGACUUGAUGCCAUGGGGGUGACUUCAGUAGAAAAAGCAGAGCUAGCCGCUUACCGAUUGAAGGAUGUUGCUCAAGUUUGGUUUAACCAAGAGAAAGGUAGUGGGUCUCCAUUUCCUAAGUCUACUUGCACCAAAUGUGGAAAGAAGCACCAUGGGAAGUGCCUAGCCGGUAUCGACGGGUGCUAUGGUUGUGGAAAGAGUGACCAUCAAGUGAAAAAUUGCCCUACACUCGCGGGCAAAGGAAGAGAGGCUAAGCAAGCUUCUCUUAAUGGCACGGUUCCCAUUCCUCCAAAUUAUGGUCGCUUCUAUGCACUCCGGUCUAGAGAGGAAAAAGGAGCCCUUCCAGAUGAAGGCACCGGCUAUGGGAAGGCUCGUGGGAUUGCCUUGGAUUUAGGGGUGAUGUGUCAUGUUGAAGGAGCUACUGGUCAAAGGACUACGGGUGCCACCAUGGGCCGUGGUGACCUUGACGAGGCGUGA